CUCUCUCUCCAUCCUGGAUGUCAAACUGUACGGUGGAGUCCUGCACAGUUGAGACCAGCGAUGGAGUCAAGCUCAGCACUUGGCUCUUCAGGCCCAGAGAAGAAGAAGACAACAAGGAGGGUAGCCCUGUGGUGGUUCUGGUGCACCCAUACUCCGUCCUUGGCGGCUGCCAAGGCCUGUUGAGAGGAAUAGCAGCUGGGUUGGCAGACAGCGGUUAUAAAGCUUUGACCUUUGACAUGAGAGGGGUUGGGAGGUCAACAGGGAGGGCUUCUCUCACUGGGUUUGCAGAAAUUAAGGAUGUGAUUUCUGUGUGCAAAUGGGUUUGUGAGAAUCUGUCUGCUGACAGGAUUUUGUUGGUGGGUUCUUCUGCAGGUGCUCCAAUUGCAGGCUCCGCAGUAGAUCAGAUAGAACAAGUCGUGGGCUAUGUUAGUCUGGGGUAUCCUUUCGGCAUGCUUGCCUCAAUCCUUUUCGGGAGACACCAAAAGCCGUACUACGAUCCACAAAACCCUCCAGCACGUCGGCAAGUGCUGCAAGAACUUCGCUGGGAUGCAGCUGACAAAUGCAGUGAUCGGGCCAAGCGUGGUGGAGGCGAUCGUGACAUUCGUGCCCAACCUAAGCUUUCUGUCUCUGAGGAGGUCGCAGAUCCCGAGGGAGUUGAUGGUGAUGCUGCUCAAGGAGAUGAAGAACCUGGUGCUGUUGGACGUGAGGGAGUGUGUCGGGUUCAACCAGCAGGACGAGGAGAUUUUGCGGCUGGCUUCGGAGAUUCCUACGUUUCUGUGUCAGGGGGCGAGGAUUUGUUCCCAGGAGCACCUGUUGCGUAUGUCGGAUGGGUCAUUGGUUCAUGUCAUUGCCCUGGAUUAGUUAGCGAGAUUGUGUAACAGUUCUACCGACCAA